AUGGCAAAUGGAAAUGAUCAAUCGAAGAAUCUCGCGGAGCUGGAGCGGACGCUGCGGGUCACGGAGGCGACGGCCCAGCUCCUCUGCUUCGCCGCGCGGUCCUUCGCGGGGCUCGGCGGCCUCUUGCCCCGCCCCGAGAUCUUUGAGUGGGUCUUCGCGGCCCUCGAUGCUCUCAAGUUUCUGCGGACAAGCGACGACUGCGGCUGCUAUGAGCGGCGGAGGGCGAGUGCGUGCGGGUCGGGGCCCGUGCCCGAGUUCUUCCUCUGCCCCAUCUCCAAGAGGGUGAUGAGGGAGCCUGUCGUCAUCGCCUCCGGAAAGACCUUCGAGCGAUCAGCGAUAGAGAAAUGGCUCGACGAAGGCAACCGCACGUGCCCGUUAACCGAUCAGGUCCUUCCAAACACGAUACUCAUACGCGAUCUCCAAAUUGCCAAACUUAUAUCAUCGUGGCGCUCUUUGUACAAAUGCAAAAGAGGGCAAGUAAGAGAUGACGAGGUGCCGAUCGAACUCCACGAAAGAAUUCGCAGCAACUUCUAUGGUCUCGUUUACGCUGUAACAUCGGAUGAUGGAUCGAAAAGAGAAGAGGCCAUUAAAGCUCUCCGAGAUCUCAUCGCCGUGCACAAGCGCUCGGUUAACUAUCUCCUCAGCAAAAACGCCGCGUUCAUCGUAUUGUUAGUACAUCUCUUGUUUGAGAGCCACUGUAAGGCUGAUGCAGAGCUGCAGAACGCGAUAUUAGGAAUCAUUUGCGUCGCGGCCGAACAUUUGCCUAACAAGAGGAUCAUCACCGCAGUUCGGGAAGCGAUACCAAUACUAAUCGUCGCACUGAGGGAAGGAUUGUCAAUGGAGAUCAAAACGAAGUGCGCGAUCAUCUUUUCGCUUCUGUCAGGUGACAUUCCCGCGAACAAGGUCAAAAUAGGGGAGCUCGGUGGCAUGGGAUUGCUCGUGGGGCUCCUGAAGGGAGGUGAUAGUGAAGCGAAAAGGGCGGCAGCAUUGGCGAUCUCGAAAUUGUGCGAGGCCCGCAAAAACUGGGGAAGAGCUUUCGUGGAAAGGGCCGCGAUCGCUGCGCUACGUGCCGCGUUCUGCAACGAGUCCGUAGAGGAGGCCAUGUCGAUUCUGCCGGGGCUGAAGGGCUGCCAUCUGAUUCUUAGUGAGGUGAUGACUGAAAUUGUCAGUCUCCACGAGUCGACAGGCGCGGAGGGAAGCGGAAACCUGGGGAGGGAGAUCAUUUGUCUCGUGGAGAGUGAGCUGGUCGGAGCAGGUGACGUAAGUGAGGUUUCGUGUAGCCCGGAGAUCGCGGAGGUUCUGAGAUGGUUGAAGAGGAGGUCCGACUUUCCGUGA